AUGACAGAAUUCGAAUCUUGCCCAGAUGCCAUUUUCGACUUUCACGCGACUAGUGAUUACUGUGAUAACGGCAGAGACGAGGACGACGACGAGGACGACGACGAGGACGACAACGAGGACGACAGCGAGGAUGACAACGAGGAUGACAACGAGGAUGAUGAUGAGAACGACAAUGACCUCAUUGAGUAUAAUAAGAAACAUCAAAGGAGAGAAUAG